UGGUAAAAACUUGAAGGGAUUGCUUCGUAGCCUUGAAAGUGACAUAAAAUCUUACAUCUUGUGUUUUAAUUGCCAUCAUCACAUCUAUUAAUUUGAAAAAGGAUAAGAAAGAAAGAGUUGAGAAUAAUAAUUGCAAAAAUAUGUCAACAGUUAAAGGAGAAGGAUCAGUUAUUACUAACGGUAAAAGUAAUGGUAUUUCAUGUGAAAAGUUGUGCUUUCCCAAAGAAACAGAGUCAUCUGGUAGCUCCACUGACUUACCCACAGAUAUCACUGAAAAUGGUACUAGAAAAGACGAUAAUUUGUUUGCUGAUCAACCUGAAGCAACAUCAGGACCAGCUAAAUCAACCGUUAAACCAAGCUCAGUGUCACCAGCAGUUUCAUCAAUAGCAACUCCUAGUUUGAAAAUGUCGCCUCGCCAAUACAAUCGUCUUUUACUUACCCAAACGUACGGUUCCUCCUACGAGGUUGAUGAAGACUAUGAAAAAGGAAGUGAGGAAGGCUUGGAACGAGUUAAAGAAUUGACAGUCUUUUAUAAGAAUUUAUUAUCAUCUGUUGGCGAAGACAUUAACCGGCAAGGAUUACUUAAGACACCAGAGAGGGCAGCUAAAGCAAUGUGGUAUUUCACAAAAGGCUAUCGUCAAACCAUCAAAGAUGUUGUUCAUAAUGCCAUUUUUGAAGAGGAUCAUGAUGAAAUGGUGAUUGUCCGAGACAUUGAAAUGUUUUCACUCUGUGAACACCAUUUAAUCCCGUUUAUCGGUAAAGUAUCAAUAGGUUAUCUUCCUCGUAAUAAGAUACUUGGGCUGAGUAAAGUUGCUCGGAUCGUUGAAAUGUUUGCAAGAAGACUUCAAGUCCAAGAACGUUUAACCAAACAAAUCGCAAAAGCCAUUACUGAUGCUAUCAAUCCUGCUGGUGUUGGUGUUGUAGUUGAGGCAACUCAUAUGUGUAUGGUAAUGAGAGGAGUUCAAAAAUUGAACAGUAAAACAAUGACCAGUGCUAUGCUCGGCGAGUUUCGUGAUGAUCCCAAAACCAGGGAAGAGUUUUUGACCCUGAUUGGUACAAAUUAGUAAAUUGUGUUGACAAAACCUUUCACUUUGUUUGGAUCCGUUUGGACAAUUAAUUCAAGGAUUUAUCUAUCUGAUGAGAUCAAGUCUUUAACAUAUGGUAACCAUUGCGUGAUAUUUGACCGAUUCAACCCAUUCUUUGAUUGAUACAGAUUCUAAUUUUAAUUUUUUGUCUCUUUUCUCGACUGUUAACUUUUUUUAAUUAUUUAAUGUAUUUUUUUCUGUUCAUUGUGACUACUUCACUAUUAGUACAUUAAAUAAAUAUAUUCAUCAUGUUAAA